GGAGGACGAAACUAGCCUUCUUCUCCGUCUUCCUCCUCCUCUCUUCUCCCAAUCUCUCUCUUCUUGCGGCGGAAGCAAAGCGAGAAGCGAGGCGACUCUUCUCCGGGAGCCCGCGGCGAGAUGGACAGCGUCGUCGGUGAGGAAGGGAAGCAGCAGCCGCACCUGGUGCUGGCGCACAAGCUGUUCCUGCUCUCGCACCAGGACGUCGACGACCUCGCCAAGGUCGACCUCCGCGCCGACGUCCUCGCCGCAGUCAAAUCCGAUGAUAUGGCCGCUCUGUACGAGUCGCUGGGGGGCAGCGGCGUGCUGGAGACGGACCCCGCCCUGCUCGCGGAGAUGCGCGCCAGGAUCGAGGAGGAGAUCCGGAAGCUCGACGAGAAGAUUGCUGAUGCUGAAGAUAAUUUGGGUGAGAGUGAAGUGCGUGAAGCUCAUCUAGCCAAAUCAUUGUAUUUCAUAAGGGUUGGGGAGAAGGAGAAAGCACUGGAACAGCUUAAGGUUACUGAAGGAAAAACGGUAGCUGUUGGGCAAAAGAUGGACCUUGUUUUCCACACUUUACAGAUUGGCUUUUUCUAUAUGGAUUUUGAUCUGAUCUCUAAGUCUAUAGACAAGGCCAAGAAACUGUUCGAAGAGGGUGGUGAUUGGGAGAGGAAGAAUAGAUUGAAAGUAUAUGAAGGCUUAUACUGCAUGGCCACUAGAAACUUCAAGAAAGCUGCAAGCUUAUUUUUGGAUUCAAUUUCAACUUUCACAACCUAUGAGUUGUUCCCUUAUGAUACAUUCAUCUUCUACACGGUUCUUACAAGUGUUAUCUCAUUGGAUCGUGUAUCCCUGAAGCAAAAGGUCGUAGAUGCACCUGAGAUCCUGGCUGUAAUUGGCAAAGUACCUCACCUGUCUGAGUUUCUCAACUCCCUCUACAAUUGCCAGUACAAGUCCUUUUUUGCUGCAUUCUCUGGCUUGACAGAGCAGAUCAAGUUAGACCGUUACCUACAGCCUCAUUUUCGUUACUACAUGCGUGAAGUGCGCACUGUUGUCUAUUCACAAUUCCUCGAAUCCUACAAGAGUGUGACGAUGGAAGCAAUGGCAUCUGCAUUUGGCGUGACAGUCGAUUUCAUAGACCUGGAGUUGUCACGCUUCAUUGCUGCUGGAAAGCUCCACUGCAAGAUCGAUAAGGUUGCUGGUGUGUUGGAGACGAACCGGCCUGAUGCCAGAAAUGCUUUCUACCAGGCAACCAUCAAGCAAGGGGACUUUCUGCUGAACCGCAUCCAGAAGCUAUCACGAGUCAUUGACCUGUAGGCGUUGUUAGUGUUGAAUCCGUGCCUUGCCAAAGUCUGCUCGAGCUUAUUUGCUUUGGUCCCAGAGGGGACUACGAAUAGUACUUGACUUUGCGUUUGAAAUUGGUUGCGAGGAAGGAGAGUUUAGCACAAUCAGCGUUUUAUCUGAGAAUUUGAGCUUAUGUAACCUAAUUAUAUGAAUCGAUGGAAAUUCUCCAUUGUUUCUAGACUUUCUUCUGUGAUGAAUCCAUGCAUUCAUUUCAUCUCGGUGAUCAUUUGUGCUGCC